UGCUGACUGUAUUCGCAAAGGAAGCUAAAGGUGUGGAUUGGACAGCCCGUGGACUUUUGAGUUAUGCUUUGGAUGAACGCUUACUGGACUGCGCGAAGAUUCUAGUUACAGCGGGAGCAAAUAUUGAAGAGAAGGACGCAUUGGGGAAUACGUUGCUUGUUCAGCGAAUACUGAUGUCAGACGAUUCUGGAGCCGCUUUCCUCCUUGAAAAUGGUGCAAAGCACGUAGUUAAAGACUCCCAAGGUCGUAGCUGCUUGGAAAUGUCGGCAUUUUAUGGCCUCUUAGAAACUCUCAGGACCAUAUGUGGACUAGGCGUGAAUAUAAACCAACGGACAAAUGGAGGUUUCGGUUAUACAGUUCUGAAACACGCCCUCAGUGAAGAGCACUAUGACUGCGCUUCUACCGCAGAUGGAUCCUUUAUACAGACAAUGCUGCAUCAUUUUAUUGAUGCUGAUGAUGAGAAAGCGGCAGUUUUUCUUGUAGAAAGCGGUUGUAAUGGCGAUGCCGUUCGAAUAUCACGCGAACCUGACACCGAAAAGGAGGAAGCACCUAUCCACAGAGCGGUUUCUUCAAAAAUGACUGCUCUGGUCAGCGCUCUUGUCAAAGCGAAGGCCAAUCUUGCUGUUCAGGACCAGCAAGGUCGCACCGCUUGCCAUCUGGCCGUUCAACAACACAAUGCUGACGCCUUACUCGAAAUGUUGAAGGCCAAUGAUGUGGAGUUCCUAUCAUUACGUGACAAAAUGGGACAAACUCCAUUUUCACAAGCGCUUUUCUCGAAGGAGCACGCGCUUGCUGCGGCUAUUGUGAAACGACAACCACAUGUUGCUUUACAAACAAAUGGGAAUGGUGAAAACUUGCUUCACACGUCAGUGAAGGCUAACGAUUUGGAGAGCGUGCUGUUCCUUCUGAGCUCCAAUACCGAUGCUACACGAGUGACUACAGAUGGAUCACGGCGUAGUGCACUUCACUAUGCUGCGAACGUUGAUAACGAAUUGAUUUUGCGCAACUUACUGUUGGCCGGUUGUGAGGUUGACGUGACAGCAACAGAUGGCACUACACCCCUCCAAGUAGCGGCUCGGAAUAAUCGUGCUCUUCAUGCUGAGAUUCUCUUAGAAAACGGCGCCAACCCAAAUAUUGUUGAUGAGAGGCGGGAAAAUGCUUUGUUGGCCGCCGUGCGCUGUGGGAGUGUAGACUGUGUGAAAGUAUUCGUUUGCAGUCCGAGGGUAGACAGCCUCGCUGUUAACAAGAAUGGGCAAUCUGCCUUGCAUUUAUGUGCGACGUUGUCGAGCGAAAAACUUCCACCGCGAAGGUCACCAGUGGAAAUAUGUGAGCUACUUCUGAAAAGGGAAGCUCACCGGCUGCAGGAAAAGGAUUUCGCUGCUUACGUCGAUAUGCAAGACGCCGAAGGAAACACAGCGCUACUUCUGGCAUAUAUGGCUGGAAAUGGUGAUAUAUGUCGCUGUUUGCUUCGAUACGGCGCAACAAUGGGUGCCCGGAACGUCGAUGGUGCAACUAUGUUCACCUACGAAACUCCCACAAGGCUUCUUCUGUUCCGGUUGCUAGAUUCACUAGAACGGGAACCACGUUGGUCUGAUGGUGACAUGUGCGACUGCGGCAUUCGUUUUUCAAUCACUGUUAGAAAACAUCAUUGUCGACAUUGCGGUCGUCUUGUGUGUUCCAAAUGCUCAGAGGUGACUAUGCCGAUAGCGAAGUAUGGCGAGGAGAAGAGAGUUCGAGUAUGUUCAUUGUGUGCUGAAGUACUUACUACUGGUGCUGCACGAUAA